AUGAAUUAUAAACUCGUAGUCUACGAUCCAUCCCUGUCAUCAGCUUACAUGGUCGUAGAAGCGUUCGUCUUCCCUGAUCGCAGUAACGUUCAAUUCCAAUGUCAGGUGCAAGUCUGCGAUCGACGUGACAACGAGUGUCUUGGUGUAACGCCACCGAACUGUCCGUUGAUGACACGCAACGAGUUUCUUCCAACUUCAAUCAUUGAGGCAUCAGUGAAUCCAACUCAGGGAACUCUUCAAACAGCCAUUGGCAAUACGAUUCUUGACGAGGACCUCCGUUUACCAGCUUAUGCCCCCGAAUACGAACCCGCUUACCCGUGGCGUAAGGAACAGGAUGACAUGGGAGAAGACAACAAUAGCACAGAAAGCAGUCAGUCGACAAUGGCGCUUGAAACGCCGAAUGUAGAGGCUCGACAGACAACGUUAAAAAUGCUGACAACCGAACCUACGCCAGAGGAGACAAGUGACGAUCAGGUCUUACCAACGCAAAUGAAUCAGCUUGACUGGACCAUACCGCAAAUUCCUGAGAUCGGCGAUGACCAUCCUUUAGAGAUUUUCGUGAGGAGCACCAGUGCAACGCCAAUACUCCAAUCAGAGAGGUCUGGCCGACGCUUAGCUGACCAGAUCAUCGACGUCAUGAGCGAAGAGCUCACCCUGAGGACUGCUGAUGACGCUCCAUCAAGAGAAGCUGCUCGAUUACCGCCAACAACGUCGUCUACUCAUUUGACUUGUUUAAAUCAAACCGCAGUCCUGGCAAUGUGUGCUGCUUUCGCGAUGACCAUCGUGCUGAGCAUCGUGCUCUUGCUGUACAUCCUUCGUGACGUGUGCCGAGGGUAA